AUGGAUCCAUAUUAUAAGCAAUUAUAUGAAUCUUCUCACACCACGCAACUUGAUCGCCCCCAUUUUACUCGUUUUUCUCCUUCUUAUUCACCCAAUCCGUCAAACCCUCUUUAUGAUAAUCCAGAUCAAAGGUCAAAUGAAUCUCAAAGAGAAUUAAGAAUAAGAAGAUACCAACCUAAGCCUCAAAGACUUGGUAUUCUUGGUGCUCUUGGCGCUCUUGGUGCAUCACUUAUACAAUAUGUACCCAAUGGUGCAAACAUAUUUGGUAACUUUUCACCGCUUCAAGUAAAUUCACACGAAUAUGGUGGCCCCCCUAAUUCAACGAUAGAAUAUUAUUUUGUUGAUCCAUUAAAAACUGAAGAAUGGAAAGUAAAUGAAUGGGAACAAUGGAAAGAAAAGAUAGAAGCAGAAUGGGAUAAAUUUAAAGAUAUUGUUGAAAAAGAAAAAUUAGUAUGGCUAGGAGGAAAAGAACACGAUUGGUCUGAAUAUAUGAAAUAUAUGGAAUAUAAAUGGACACAUUAUAGCCCAGAAUUUGAAAAAUGUAUAAAAUCAGAUAUUUUAAAAAAAAAUCGAGCAUUAGAUGAACGUGAAUGGGAUGAAUGGAUGAGAACAGAAGGAAAAGAUUUAAUCAAAAAAGAUUGGAAUGAUUGGUUAUCUGAUAAUGAGUCUUAUCUAAAUGUAUGGAGUAUUCAUGAAUGGCUAAAAUGGAGAAAUCAAAUAAUAAAUAAAUGGCUAGAUUCUGAAUGGAAACGCGAAGAAGAUGCUUACUGGGCAAAAUGGGAAUCUACGUGGGUUAAAUGUUAUGAUUUUGAAGAAAGAAAUAAUUGGGUUACCUGGAGAGCCAGAAUAAAUAGAGAAAUGGUUGAUUGGAAUAAUUGGACAAAGAAAAAAGAAGAAGAACUUAUAGAUCAUCAAUCAGGUUCUUGGGGACGAUGGAAAACUGAGAAACAAACCUUAUUUGACCUAUGGGUAGAUAGAUUUGUUGAUGAUUGGAUUAAAGAAAAACACUGGUUUAUAUGGACAAGUGAAAGAAAUGAUUAUUUCGCAAGAAACAGAUAUACAAAAUUCAAUUAA